AUGCCGCCCAAAACCAGCGCCAUCACCUCCAGCCUCCACUCCCACGAUGGCGACGACGAGGCCACGGGUGCCCGCUUCGAGCGCCUCGCGCCCGAGUACCAAGCGGCGUUUGCUCGUUUCCUGCGCUGCCACUACCACGCGGACAUUCAGCUGUUGCACCGGCGUCUGCGCCACGUCUCGACGCCCUGCGCCGUCGACAAAGCAGCGGCCGAGUCGAGUCCUUUGGCCUACAGUCAGCGCGUGUGUGCGCAACGGCUGCUCGACUUUAACGCACAGCUGGGGACGCUGCUGUUCCGCCAUCCAGAGCAGUUGCUGCCGCUAUUUCAUGUGGCGCUGGCCAAGGAGGUUGGCUGCAAUGCUGGCGAGCCGCUAGAGCAUCAAGAGGUCCCGAUUAUCCCUUUCAAGGUCAGACGUCGAAUCAAAGUGCGGGUCGAGCACUUGCCCCCUGUGGCAGCACUUCAGAAACUGUCCAUCAGUGCCAUUCGGUCGAACGACGUGAAGCAGCUGGUCCAGAUUGCAGGCACAGUGGUGCGCACGGGAGUGAUGAAGAUGCAGGAGGUGGAGAGAGAGUAUCAGUGCUGCAACGUGCGGUGCGGACACCGGUUCUUGGUCAAGUCAGACCCGGAGCAGGGCAAUGUGUUGGAGAUCCCGAAAGUAUGUCCUUCUGACAGCGCUGGAGGCAAGAGCAGUGGCGGUAAGAAACCGUGCAAGUCGACGCAGUUCGUGCCUCUCGGCGGCGCUGAGGGCAGUGUAGUGUCCGAUCACCAGGUGAUCAAAAUUCAGGAACAGGCGUCGAAGCUGGGGGUUGGCUCCAUCCCGAGGUCAAUGUUGGUUGUAUUGGAAGAUGAUCUGGUAGAUUCUGUCAAGGCUGGCGAUCAGGUAGUUGUUGUGGGCAUUCUAAUGCGUACGUGGAAACCUUGCGUGAGAGGAGUCCGUUGCGACCUGGAGACGAUGAUAAAGGCAAAUAGCAUUCGUGUGAAAAACGCAUCGACAUCUCAAGUUCUUGUAACAGAAGAGUUGCGAGCAGAGUUCGAGCAGUUUUGGGCAAAACACAAAUUGGAUCCAGUGCGCGGACGCAACGACAUCAUUGCUAGCAUUUGUCCCAAGGUCUACGGCUUGUUUGUCGUAAAACUGGCCGUGGCGCUCACAGUUAUUGGUGGCGUCUCGUACGUUGAUGAGUCUGGUAUGAAGACGCGAGGCGAAUCACAUAUGCUGUUGGUCGGCGACCCUGGCACAGGGAAAUCGCAGUUCCUCCGUUUCACUGCCGAACUAAGUCCCCGCUCGGUUCUCACGACAGGCAUCGGCACGACAAGCGCUGGUCUGACCUGUACAGCUGUGAAAGAUGGCGGUGAGUGGAUGCUGGAGGCUGGUGCUUUGGUGCUGGCAGAUCGUGGCGUGUGCUGCAUCGACGAGUUCAGCAGUAUUCGUAGUAACGACCGCACGUCCAUUCAUGAAGCCAUGGAGCAGCAGACACUGAGCGUGGCGAAGGCUGGUCUAGUGUGCAAGCUCAACGCGCGAACUACAAUAUUUGCUGUGACGAACCCUAGAGGCCGAUACGACCCAACACGAGACGUGUCUGUGAACACCGGUCUCGCCAGUCCAUUGCUUAGCCGCUUUGAUCUUAUUCUUGUGCUGCUGGAUCGAAUGAAUUCGCGCUGGGACCAAGUUGUAUCUUCUUUCAUCCUCAAACAGGCUGUUGGUAAGAGCACUGCUUUGACCGAAGAAGCCGAAGCCAAAGGCACCGGAGGCUACCAGCCUUCGUUACAGCCAGCGACUAGAUUGACAGUGGAGCAAGAAGCAUCACGAUCAUCGUCAUCGACAGAUAGUUCGUCGUUGUGGAGUAUUCAGACACUGCAGGCGUAUAUAUGCCACGUCAAGGAUAAGUACCAGCCUCGACUGAGUCGUUCCGCCAUGACGAUACUGCAGCGUUAUUACCAACAGCAGCGGGCAUCUGACAGUCGCAGCGCCGCUCGAACAACAAUCCGACUUCUGGAAAGCCUUACGAGGCUGGCACAGGCUCAUGCACGACUGAUGUGCCACGCAGAGGUGUCAGUGAUGGACGCGGUGGUUGCUGUCUUUGUUAUGGAAGUGAGCAAGUCUACAGACAAUUGCUCUGAUAUGAUGGAGGGAGGCACAGAGUCGGUCUUGCAUUCUGACUUCUCGGACGAUCCGUUGGGAGAGUAUUUGCUGCAAGAAAAACUUGUGCUUGACUACCUUGGACUUCGUGAAUUCGGCACGACACACUGCGACAGUUCCCAAUCAACAACAUUCCAACCACGAGCCAUCGUGAAGCAGUCUUCGAGGCAGCAAACGCCCCGGCUGGGACCGAAAUUAAAGAGGCCACUGCGAGAUGACCAUCGGUCAAGCGGAGAAACAAAUGCUCUACGCAAGCAGAGGUGUGAUAGUCCCAAGUCUCGGUACAUUCCAUGGAGUCAACGACGACAAUCACUUAAUCCGGCCUCAUCGUCUCAGCACCAAGUCGAAAAUGAUGACAGCUUUGAUAUCAUGGACGAUUAUCGCCAAGAUCAGCAAAGUCAAUUUGCAGAAGAACAGUCCAGUGCGCCUUCACAGACGCGCUAUCAAUUUGGCCGUUGGAGUCAACAAGCCGAGGCAAGUCAAUCGAUCAUCAAUAAGUGGAAAAAGUGA